AUGCGAAAAAGCUUUAAAGAGUUUCAUCCCUAUGAUGUCGGGGGUGCUUGCGUGCUUCUUGCUGUAAAGGUGGAAGAACCUAAACCUAGGAGAACUCUAGAAGAUGUUGCAGCUGCAUGCGCUCGCGUGGCGCGCAGAGACAAAUGCCUCGACGAUACAAAAGAAAUCGAAAUGUGGGAUAACACUUUAAAACAUCUGGAACCGCUAAUUGCGGCAAUACUUUGCUUCGAUUUACAAGUCGAUCAUCCUUACCUGCCUUUAUUAAAAUACACAAAAGAGUUGAAAGGCUUCAAUAAAGAAGUAUUAAGGGAUCUGGCCGCUGCAGCAUGGGCAAUUAUAAAUCAUGGCCAUCAAACGCCGAUUUGUCUGUUUUAUCAACCAACGACAAUAGCAAGUGCUGCUGUAUUUAUCGCUUCCAAAGUGGGAGACGUAUCGUUGAACGACGACGCCACUAAAGGAACCGUCUGGUGGAACGUAAUGCAAAGCAACAUCUACGAAACAACGAAAUGCAUCGAUGAUAUUUUGGAUAUGUAUACUGCAACGUGUCCUAAAUUAAACACGAGUUCAGAGGAGACGAAAAUAAAUCCUCUUGCAAAUGCGACAAUUCUCAUGAACUCUUAUGAGAAUACUGUUGGUAAUAUGUCAGGAUCAACUACUCCUAUUAUCGACCCUAAGUUCAAUGAAUAUGAGUAUAUAGAUAUUGAUAAAAUCUAUGAACCCCCGCCCGAAAAUCCAUCACCAUCAAGUCACACCAUAGGCAAUGACGAAACGGCGGAGGACGAUUCCGAUGUAAUAGAGAAUGGUGAUGAUACAGUAACUGAAGUAGAAUGUGAAGGGGAAGCACAUUCGUUAUCUCAAAGAGGGGGAGAAUACUUACAGGAUGGACAAUAUGGUGAUCAAGAUUCACAAUAUGGCGGGUACGCAGAAGACGAGGAGUUCAUGGGGUCUUCGGACGAGUCGCAAUUUUCAGAUUCACAGCAUACAGUACCUUCAGAAGGAGAGGUGUAUUCUGGAACGCAGUAUGUAAAUGGUGUAGGUUCGCAGAACUACGGGUCACAGAACGAAUCUGGAACACUUUCACAACAUGAUGCAUCACACGACGAAAAUGGGGCACUUUCACAACAUGAUGGAUCACAAAAUGAAAAUGGAGCAGUUUCGCAUCGUGAUGGAUUACAAAACGAAAAUGGAUCACUUUCACAACAUGAUGGAUCACAAUAUGAAAAUGGAGCAGUUUCGCAUCGUGAUCGAGCACAAUAUUUACAAGAUGAUGAUAUACAUUCACAUUAUGGUGAAGAACAACUCGAAGUUGAAAUAUACACAGAAAAUGGAGAGUACUCCACUGACAUAGACGUGGAAAUGUAUGAUGCAAACGGUAUUGAAAAUGGAAUCGGCGAUUAUCCUAAUUAA